UUUGAAUUGAAUCGCACUUCCUUCUGCCGGCUUGAACCUUGCGAGGAAAGCGAACAUUGUCGAUCGUUGUCUGCCGACGAAAUAACUUCGCUUUGAAGUAAAUGAACAGAAAACAAAAUGAACACUAUGGAGAAGAAGCUGGCGGACUUGAUACGUGAACACCCGAAUCUGUACGACCAGUCGCGGCGGGAUUACAAAGACAAUCUGAAGGGGCACUUGUCGUGGAGAGACAUCGCAGACAACAUGGGAAAGUCUGAAGAGGAGGUGAAGCUCAAAUGGAAAAAUCUACGCGACAAGUUCUGUAAGGCGAAGAAGCGACUGGCCAAGCGAAGCUUCCCUCUGCUGACAGACGAGGAGAUCCCGGUGGAGCGGCCCGUCCCGGUGCUCUACCACCAGCUGGCCUGGCUCAGCGCCUAUGUCAAAACCAGGGCAGAGACUGACGAGGUAGCUGGAAGUGGUGAUGAUGUGGAGACAGAGCGAGAUAAAGAUGAGAAGGAGCUGCAUUCCCCCCUGCACGUCGUUAGUACUAGCUUUUCUCUUGUGGAGUCUUGUCCAAACAACCAUCAGGAGAUGGGAGUUCCUCUUAAGCGUAAAAGGCAAACCAACACAGAAGCGGAGAUAAGCUCUGCAGAUGCCCUCGCUAACCUCAGAGAUGAAGAUGAACUGUUUCUGCUCAGCCUUCUGCCUUCACUGAAAAGACUCACCAUUAAAAAAAGAAUGGAGGUACGGAUGAAAUUUCAGCAAGUGCUUUAUGCUGCAGAGUUUGAGGACUAAAUAGUAAGGCAAUAAAAACUCCUAUGAUCAGUAGUAGUUUAUGAUUCUAUAAGCAUUGAACCUGUAAAUAGAUGUUUUAAACCAUCAUAACUUUUUAAUAUUUAUUUUUGAUUUCCACUGCUAUUAAAAACAUCAAUAUGUAGAUCUCUACAAUUCCGUGUUAUCAGUGGCAUCCAUCUAUUUAUUAAGAGCUUUAUCUCUUGGGUUGAAAACAGAGAAGAGUCUUUAAUUUUGAAUGUAAGGUAUAGAUAGAGCCACUCCUUUGUUACUAUGUAUAAAACAAGAGCAAACAUAGAAUUAAUUUGGUAUACAUGCAUUAAAGUAUAUAUGACUGAAAAUCUAAGUAUUUUCUUUAACCUUGUAGCUACAAAUAUGGGAAGUGAGGUAGCAAGUUAGUACUUAGGUACUUUUCAAAUGGCUUUUGUAGAUUAUACAAAACUCUGUGACUGUACAUAAACAUAUCUCCUUUAUCAAUUUGAAAGAGUAAUUUCUACUGUAUAUAUAUCUUUUUUUUAACAAAUAAAUAUUUUCUUUAUCCAGAAA